AAGAAAAUGAUGGUAAAUAUCAAACACAAGAUGAGAUUUAAUCCUAUUAAGGCCAGAUGCAAUAAUGUUUGGGCUUUUAUUGGGCUGCUGCCUUGCAGCAAGAAGGUUCUGGGUUUGAAUCCAGGCAGGACCUAUUUGCGUGGAGUUUCCAUGUUGUUCCACACUGUUCUCCGCUUCUCGCCAUUGGACAGCUGGAGAUGGGCAACGAUAGGAUUUCUGCAGGGGAACACCGGAUGGGCUUUUAUUUUGAAAGGCCAAACCGGAAGUGGUGGAGGCUGGUCUCGCUUUGCCGCACUCCCCUCAGUGAGAGUAGUUUUAGAAGAGUCGGCACCCAAACAGCAGGAGCUGCUAACAUUCUGAUCCUGCAGCUUUUAGCUUUGGAGAACAUCUAGACGAUGAAAAGCGACGGAGAAACCCGAUGAUAGAACUUGGAUCGCUUUUUAAAAUCCAGGACAAGAGGCUGUUGGUGGAAACAAAGCCCCACCAACACGCGAGUAGGGAUUUCACAUCUGCCUCCGUGUAGGUCGUCCAUCUGCGGCUGUCGCCUUGUUAGUGAAGCAGCGUUAACAGGCUCAUCGCUCGGAUCCACAGCGGAAGUUCAGUGAUCCAGAACAUCUGUUGUGCAUCUUAAUCCACACCGACGCUGGACGGAGAGUUUGGCCGCUCAGAUGCUCCGUUUGGAGGGCUGAUCUUCAACCCUGGAGUCUCUCCUGAGCUCCACCAUGGGAGGAAGGAGCAGCAGGAUCACACAGUCUUGAAGAUGGCCCCGUGACAUGAGGAGGAACAAUAUGUGCAUCUACAGCAUCAUGUUUUACGGGAGUUCUCCUCUGAUGAUGCACACUCACUCUGGGAAGGAAGGCUUCAUUCUACUCUCUCCCUUCCAGAAUCAUGGGACAUUAACACCCGUCUCUGCUGACUCAUGGGGCUUCUAACCCAUCAAAGACACUGCUGAUGGAGGACGUCUUAGUGGCGAACGUUUCCCUGGGCUCCAGGCCCCCACCAGAGCUGGUCACCCCGACGGCGAAGUCCUUAGAAAUCGCUCCAGGUGUCAGCCUUCCUCUACAGGUCUUCUUCAGCCUUGUCAUGGUGACGAUCUUAUUGGUGGCCCUUGCAGGAAAUGUGGUGGUGUGCCUCAUGGUGUACCAGAGAUCUGCCAUGCGCUCUGCCAUCAACAUCCUGCUGGCUAACCUGGCGUUUGCAGACAUGAUGCUGGCAAUCCUGAACAUGCCGUUCGCUUUAGUUACCGUCAUGACCACCACCUGGAUCUUUGGAGACACUUUCUGUCGGGUUUCAGCCAUGCUCUUCUGGUUGUUUGUGAUUGAAGGAGGAGCUAUAUUGCUUAUAAUAAGCAUAGAUAGAUUUCUGAUUAUUGUCCAGAAACAAGACAAGCUCAGCCCACAAAGAGCCAAGCUGCUCAUCAUGGUCACAUGGGUCCUCUCUUUGAUUUUCUCCUUCCCUCUGGCUGUAGGCUCCCCUCCCCUGCAGACCCCCCCCAGGGCCCCUCAGUGUGUAUUUGGUCACACCACUGACCCUGGAUACCACGCCUAUGUGUUAAUCCUCAUGCUAGUUUUCUUCUUCAUACCUUUCAUGGUAAUGCUGUACACAUUCAUGGGGAUCCUCAACACCAUUCGCCAUAACGCCAUCCGCAUCCACAGCCACCCAGACAGCAUGUGUCUGAGCCAGGCCAGCAAACUAGGCCUGCUGAGCCUGCAGAAGCCUUUCCAAAUGAACAUAGACAUGAGCUUCAAGACCCGUGCCUUCACCACCAUCCUCAUCCUCUUCUCUGUGUUUACAGUAUGUUGGGCACCCUUUACUGCCUACAGCCUGGUGACUACCUUCAGCUUCGACUUUUACCACAAAGACAGCUUUUUCCAAAUCAGCACGUGGCUCCUGUGGUUGUGCUACCUCAAGUCUGCCCUGAACCCUCUCAUUUACUACUGGAGGAUCAAAAAGUUCCGAGAUGCCUGCCUCGAUCUGAUGCCCAAAUACUUCAAGUUUCUUCCUCAGCUGCCGGGCAACACGAAGAGACGCAUACAGCCCAGUGCUGUGUAUGUAUGUGGAGAGCAUCGCUCUGUGGUUUAAAUGGAAAAUCCACUCUUUCACUAUAGUUUAAAACCCACUUUGAUCUAUUUUACCUUGCAUUCGAAGGCCUCAUUUGUUGUUUGGUUCUUUAUUUUUCUCAGUAGAAGCUCAGGCUGAAAGUAGCACUGCAUUGAACAGGCAGAGGGCCGAGUUGGUAAAAGGAGCUCAUGAAGGGACUGAUUUGUAUAUUUAAGAUAGAAGAUCCUGUUUUAAUCCAACAUUCAUGAUUUUUAUAGAUAGUCAAAAGACAGAAUGCUGCACAUAUCCUGGGGCUUAACCUUUAUGGAAAAAAAUAGGAUUUGUCUACUGGUCAUUUGUUCUGGUUCCAGUACCAAGGUUUAGGCACAAAACAAAGCUUUUAACACACUGCUGGUGGAUUUUAAACCUUGUACAUUUUUAAAAGAAGCAAGACAUUUAUAACAUGUGAAAUAAAUGAAUUAGUAGGGAUUCAGUUAUGUCUUUCAGGACUGAAUGUGGCCUAAAGAAAUCCGGGAUCCAAACACCUUUUUGACGUAACGGUCAUGUUUUGGGUUACAUAGUCCUUGUUUUUAUUUGCCGUAACCCAAACUGAGCCCGGACCUGGAAAAGUGAGGCUGCCAUACAAUCGGUGCCAUCAAGCCCUCUGACCUACAUCAGCAUCUUAUAGGUUCAUUUUUAGUAGUAAUGUAAGGUAAAGAAAACUUUUGUGAUUAAAACUUUAAUUCAGAAUGCUUUAGUAGAAAUUGUGUGUAAUGAGAAAUCUGAAUCACAAGACGAGAUGAAACAUAAUAAUGAAUUCCCCAUUAUGAUAAUCAGUGUAGAACAAUUCAGCCCAGAUUUGACUUGUUUAUAUAUUAUGCUUUUUACGCUUUUUUACAUCUAAGUUUAAAGUGUUCUUCAUGCCAUAAAGUGCUCAAAAGAA